AUGUGCAAAGCCACCGAAGAUCCGAAAGGCUGGGCUGGGAUACCCAAGAUUAUCCCGAGUAAGGAUGGGCGAGAUGAGAAGAAAUACGAGGUAGAAUUUUUCCCUACUGUAUUUGACAAUCAGGGGCGCGAGAAAUUUUUCAACCAGAGUCUAGCCGCCGCAUGCCGAGCGGCAUUUGCCAUCCACGUUGAGCCGUUACCGCAAUUUGUACCUGGUACGACCGGCACUAAACGGACGCGAUGUGUCUGGAAAUCCAACAUGACGUUGGCAGAGUUCCUUGACGGGGAAUUCCCAGCGACCGUUGAGCCAGAUAUGCUGUCUGGCAGGUUCAAGAAGCGACUUCUUUCGCUCCGUAACUUGGUACGACACGCCGACAUUACCGUCGACUGGACCCCUCACCCGGAUCAUCUGAUGUUGAUAUAUGAAGAUGACAAGAAGGUGCUCAGACUAUUUAAUCUACCCUGUCUUGUUGAGGCGCUUCACGAGGCUAGCAAGUUCUGUAAACGCACUGCCUCUAAACCACAACAACGCCAUACAUCAGCACAUUUUCCAGGAGAACCACGAACUGGGACCAAUGAACUCUGA